AUGUCCAGUCGCGAGAGCACGUCGAUCAGUCUACCUGUCGAGCUCUAUCAUCACAUCCUUAGCUACUUCAACGAGUUUGAUUUUCAGACGCGGCAGGCCACUCUGGUAGCCUUAUCGUCCUCUUCCAAAACGCUACGACGUAUCGCACAGCCAUAUCUGUACACUCACCCCCGAGACCUGGACACCGCCGAGCGACAAUGGAAAUUCCAGCUGGCCCUACUUGCUGAGCCUCAUCGAGCGAUCCUAGUGCAGUCCCUGCAGCUGCUCUGGCUUGCCGAAGGUGUGAACAGCGGGUUAUUGAUCGAUAUCGUUCGCUCGAGUCCACAUCUCAAAUCGAUGCUCCUCGAGCGCGGGGAGAAAUAUCGCGAUUCGAACAGAAUCACAUUGCAGGAUGUGGAGGAUCUGGCCAGUUUGCUGGACGCAUGCUCUGAACUCAUCUCUUUCCGCUACACAACGAUGCUAGCAUGGACCUUCGAGGACGCCAUGCACGAGGGAGACGACGCCAUCAAUGGCGAAGUGAGGACUGCACGGCUCGCCCAACGGCUCAAUGAUACACGCUUUGUAUCAGCUGCGCGACGUUUGACGGAAUUGUCUUUGCACAACCAAGCCGAAUGGAUUGCCCAGGCUCUCUUGCCCUUUACCUCAUCCAGACUGCAGUCUCUGUGCUUAGGCCCAGACCUUUCGCUUGCAUUUGAUCGCAAUCUUCUUUGCAAUUUGGCUGGUCACAGUCCCUUCCUUGAAUCCCUCAGGAUUCGAUCAAGCGUGCGGAUCCACGAUCUCAUCCAGGCGUGCAAGGCAUGGGCGCCGACCCUUCGCGUCCUACAGGUCAUCCUGGUCAAAGACGAUGAAGGGCUUCCAGCGAGGAUUACAGGCAUCUUCCCAACGAUGCCGGUAUUACAAGAAUUCUAUCUGGGCGCGGGGUGCUACACGACGAUUGAAGCAUUCGGAGCCAUUGCCCAAACGCUUGCCGCAUCGCCCAUCCAAUAUUUCACAGUUCGAAAUCUACAAGGCCUCGUCAAUGUAGACGAUGAGCUUGCGGCCUCAACGCAACUCAAUAACGCAGUCUGCCAUCUGGUCCGCUCAUGCUCGGAAACGCUGCAAACCCUGGAGCUCAAGCGCGGCGAUUCUCAAGUCGGACGCAGUGUGCUGCACGCCUGCCAGGAAGCCCGGAAUCUGGUCCGUCUGCUCGUUUCUCCACUGACGGAUGUUUCUCCGCUGGAGAAUGUCGUGCCCUCUGAUCUCGAUGACCUUUUACACACAUGCCCGGCGCUUUCUCAGAUCCCGGCGACGCUACUCGGAAUCUCAUCGUGUCAGGAGUUGUGGCACGAGCGCAGCAGAUCAUUAGAGAAGCAGGAAGAAGAGAACAGGAAGAAGGACCAGGGGAAUUGGGGUUUGGGCUGUUACAGCCGGUGGAGUAACUGGAGCAAUUUGGCGUGCAUGCCAUAG